CUCCUGGUUCGCAUUAUCCUACGCAGGGUCCUACUUGCGCUCACUAGUCGUCAUGUGACGACAUGCAAGCCCGGCAAAUGCAAUUUGUUCCAUCACGAGAGGGACAUAACUCGCUUGCUUGCUUGUGUGCGAGGACGGGGUUUUGUUUUUGGCUCGAAAGGAACGGAUUUGCGUAGCAGGGUCUGGUGUUUCGAGGAAGUCCACGACAGGACCAGCUAUUGGCCCCGCAUUAAAUAAUAUGAUGCAUGUUUGUGACCAUUUUCGGGAGCAAAUGAUUUCCAGCCCCUCCCUCCCCAGCCCUUCAUUCGUCUUCAGAGCAAAUGGUGCAAAGUGUGUUCAGAUCGUCGUUCAGGUUUCGUUCAGACCAUCGCCGGGUGCAGUCGGGAUUCAUGCUCACGGAAGUCCUUGUGAUCGGUCCCAUGCCAAACUCGAAGCCCUUUCUGUUGAGCUAAUAAGACCACGUGCCACCACAAAUUCGUCCUGAGCAAUGCACACACACGUAACGUAGCGAGAGCCUUAGGUGUUUGUCAGCUAUGAAGGACAUUGACAUGCUUGUUGGGAAGGUCGAGUACUCAACUGGCUAGCAGGAGGCAGGCAGGCAGGCAGGGAGGGAGGGAGGCAGGGAGGCAGGCAGAGGCAGAGGCAGGCAGGGCGGGCAGGAUAGGCAGGCUACUACUAAUGAGCAGGUCAAUCGCCCAAAAGCCGAAAAGAUAUGGUUCUAAUCAUACUCCAAAAGGUGGAAAGGAGCUUAAAUAUAACACUCGCCAUGUAGUACGCCGGGCGAGAGCUUAGGGAUGGACGACUAGGUAGGCCUAGUGAUGGCGGAUAUAUAUAUCUUUGCAUCGAUUCCAACAAGUGUGGACUGGAGGCGUGGCUGUAGCGCAGGGUGUGAGGGUUCUUUCGCGGUAGGACAUGAUACAGCGAUAAUGAUGAUGGUGAUGAUGGCGAUGAUGAUAUUCAUUUGGGCUGCAGCUGCUGCUGCUGCUACUUUAUGUUGGAGGAAUUUCAGAUAGUUGUCCGAAGAAACCUGUUUGGUGCUGUGCUGUGCGGUGCGACUCGUGGCUCGGAAGGUCGUCCGAACAACUUUUGCAGCUCGAGUACUUUGAGGACGAUAUCUUUCAUGCAUAUCAAGAAAGCGCGGCGUUCUCUCACACGAGGCUGCCAUUAGUUCUUUCGCUGCGAUCGGACAGAGGGCAAAACAAAGCGCUUCCGAGGAUCCGGAGGAGCAACAAAUUCGUGCUCAACAGAAUCGCGUGUCCACACGUCGUCGGGGCCCUCGAUCAUUAAUCUAUUUGGCCCGAAUACUGUAACACCCUGCGCUUUCGUUCUCCCGUCAAUCAUACGAAGCGGAAACUAAUAAUUUGACCGAGCCGAGGCACCUUUUGGUAUUGAAUGGCCCAUCUCAGUCACCGAUGAUGACUGCUCCAUGGAUAGAAUGACGAACAGGCCGGGGCUUGCAAUCAUCAACGUGGACCCUCAUACGGAUGAGUUGCCAAACCUCGCGCUCGCUGCUUUAGGCGUACCCAAUGCUUUCUUGACUUUUGGAACCCUUGCGUUUGGCAGCUCUCGAUGCAAGCGUCCUCGAUCGCUCUGAGUAGAGUCCGCCAUACAUGAAUGUCCGUCCCGAUCCUUGACUCGAGCAGAGAGCGAGCUAGCUAGCUAGCUAGCCUAAGACGGCCAGAAAGAUCAUCACAUACAUCGGACGAGGAGCUGCUGCAGUGAAGUUCGAGGAAAUUGGCCAUGAUGGCUUGCCAAGGAGCGCGAGCUCGUUCGGAGGUUUGCUGCAGGUUCGAGAAAUCCGAGUCAGAGUCUACGGGUUGUUAGAUACUACGAGCUCAUGCAUACAAACCGUACGCACUCCCUCGAGUCCGUCGAGUCAACAGAUCGAGGUCUGAUCAGGACAAGGCGACGGAGUUGUUGUCCACUCCGGUCUGAUCUUCUUCGCCGAUUGAGACGCAAGCUCACGGAGAGAUGGCCCUCUGCUUCUUCUCUCACGGAAGGAAUUGGGAAGGGGGGCAGGCAGCAGCAGCAGCAGCAGGUCGAUUUUGUUCUCCUUCUGUGCCAGCGUGCGUCCCUCCCUCCCUCCCUCCCUCGCGUGGAGGGCCCCGACGGGUCCCACCUUUCUAAAUUCGCAGCUCGGACUGUACAUGUCGAGGUGGAUGAAGCAAAUCUAAAACGAACGAGAAACGAAAGGUCGAGACCUUCCAUCCAUCCAAGCAUCCAUCCGGGGGCUGGCUGAAUCCCACUUCGCCAUGUGCAAAACAUGGCGGAGUUGGAUUCGGGGCUACCGAGAAAGAAUUGCGUGUGUACCAGCGCGAAUGGCAAGGACCCCAGCCCCAGCUCAGCUCAGCUCAGCUCUGGAGCCCGAGCUCAAACACGCACUCAUUCCCCGGGCACUUGGUUCGCAACGAAGCUCGAAAAGGCGUGGCAGCAGAGUUCGGAGUGCCCAUCGGACAUCGUCGCAUCCUGCUGCGGCCAAAGUCGCUUGUCAUGUACGCCCAGGUUUGAGCUCGGUAGAUUGCGAUGCUCGAUCGGAAUUCUGUAGGUCUUUGUUGUGACCCGGGUGGGUAAAUGAUUUGCCGAGUGCAGCAGAUCUCGAAAGCUUUUUGAGCCCAGCAAAAUCUUGACGUUUCCUGCGGCGACUACCGACGAGCGUCAUGUGGCCUCGCAACUGUACAUUGGCCCCGGAGAAGAAUGAACCAGAAACCCACAAAUCAAACAAGAGCCAGAGGAUCGGUUUCGCUCGGAGAUGCUACACUAUGCUCCGAGCUAGGCCUCGGAUGGAAGGAAGGCAGUGUCUGAGACUCGCCUUUGUAAGAUUGUAUACCAUGCGCGGAUCGAUGGAUGGUGUACGAGCCAGAUAGAGCCUAGCCCAUGCACUGACUAGCUCGGUAACCAUCUCCAAAUUUCUUAUUCGUUCAUGGAGCCGACUGCCCGGUCUGGAGACGUGGAAAGGUCCGAAUUACUCGAGAUCGAGCAUCUGACCCGAGCAUGAAGAGGAUCACGCAAGCACUGAUUCGACAGUAGCCCCCAACAUUCGUCGAGUCUGGUCUUUAAAUCUGGGUAGGGAGGAAGGGACGAACCACCAGCCUGGGAAGAAUUGAUGACCCACCAGCAUGCACCUCCCUACGGAAUUUCCCACCUAAUCCUAGGCUGCUGUGAAUAGUCUGCAGCAUCUGCAGAACAAUUGCAGGUGCGUCUCCAAGAUGUUCGUGUACAGAUCUGAGUUGUUGCAAGCUCUGUAUCAAUCCAGUGCUGUCUGUCUGGUAUUACUACGCCGCUCAUUACGCUUGAAUAUCUUCGAGUCGAGACAUUCGGAUGGUCUCUCGGUUCUUCGAAUGCCAUACACCACGGCGAAACCUCUGCCACCAAAGCGCCACAACUGUCGAUUCUUCGAUUCAUGGCGUUCUACGGUUGGAUCGCCACGCCAGUACCUCUCUGCCAUACCAGUUGUCUUGCGACUUCUCACCCCAGAGAUUUUGUUCGCUGACCCCAGUGACGACCUUCAUGGUCAAUACUGGAGCCGCUUCGUAGGUCGGUGAUCAUUGAUCUUAAAAUCCGAUCUUCAAUCCUGCUAUCAAGGAAUUAUAUCUCAUUCCCGUACGGCUGCAGAAAACGCAUCGCGCCUUUAUGUCCCAUGUCCAGUUCAGAGGGCUAGAAAAGCCAUGAAAAUUCUGAAACAAAUUGACUGCUAGCAAAUGGAUUACAAUCUGAGCUGAGCUGAGCUGUCUACCUUGAGGUAACACUAGUUUGGUACAGUUACCGUAGUAGCUUGCGGGGUGUGUCAACAAAUGGCUUACGGUGUGGCGUACAACAUAAAUUCGGUGGCGUAAAAGGCUCAAUAUGUACUACGUCGUGUGCUGUGGGAGUCCAGUUGGACGAUAAUUGUUGCAGAAAAUGUGGCUUGAACUUCAGAGGAUCACUUGGAACAAUGUUUUGGAAAACUCAGACUUGUGAAGAUAAGUGGCGGACAGCUUAUGGGCGAGGCCGUGGGCCUGCCCAUAAGCGUUAUACAAUCUCUGAUUUGUUUAAAAUAUACCAAUGACACCAGAAAGACAUUGAGAGCUGAGGGUCUUCCUUAAUGUUUCUUCUACUCUUAGAGUGAGAUAGAUUGAAAAGAUACACGGUUUUCUUCAAAAAUUGCAACAAUCAUAAAACGAAUGGUAUGUUUCCAUCUGAAGAGACCUUGUCUGAUAAUUACUUAAUUACAUCAUUGAGACUACUGUUAGCAGGAAGACAGGGGAGUGUUGGCCCAUUGAACACUAUAUUGUCUGACCUUUCCUCAGCUGCAGCUCAGUUGGGUGCAAUGUGUCACAGGGAAUGUGCACUUACAGGAGUCUGGAUUCGAACAUCUGUCAUGAUGUCCAUUAACUGGGUGCCUCGUCUUAUCCACGUAUGCUCUAGCGUGUCUCAUGUCUUGCAUGUUGUCUCGUUUUCGUCUCAUCUUAAACAAACUUCUUUCAAUAACGCAUCAUCACGCCCACGCGUGACCUCCAGUAAUUGAUUUGACCUCCUAUGUGAACUAAGUCAGAUAGAUUGACUUCUUUCACACACGAAGUAGUUUCACGUGAAUCCUCCUCAAGGUCACACGUAGCGUGCGUGCUUUUAUGAUGAAUAUUC